AACGAUGAAGUUCCUGGCUAUCUGCAUUUUCCUCAUCAUCGCCCUGGUGGCCGUUCAGGCUCAUCCUGGUGGAUUCGGUGGAGGAAGGGGUGGUGGCACAAACGCCGUGGCCAACGCGAAUGCCGCUGCUACCGCCGACAGCAGAGGAGGCGGUCCAGCAUCCGCCUCGGCCUCGGCCACUGCAACCGCCAACGCCAACGCAGGAGGACGAGGAGGAGAAGGAGGACACGGUGGACAUGGUGGACAUGGUGGACAUGGAUAAGCCCGAAAUGGAUUGAUUCAUCUGCAACCGUUCUCUCGAAAAGUGGGCACGUCCGCGGACAAUCCCCCUUAAGUGAAACGAUACCAAUCUAUACCAAUAAAUGUUGAAAUGCUAAUUCUGUUUCUCGGAAA